AUGGGUCACCAAGUUGUCAAGCCACGGAAUUCAAAAUCAAAUUCUAAGGCCAAAUCAGUCAUCAAACCGAAGAUAGCCAAACGUGACCGCAUAAAAUCAAAAUUGAAGACAGAACAGAAUAAUCUGCUCGCAAGCUCGGUGUUUGAAUUGAAUUUGGCCCUCAAAAGCAACUUGAAGAGUGGAAGUAGCGAAGUACUCACGUUUUCAAACCUUUUGAAAGACUCAAAAGAAGACGAAUCCAAGAAGGAGAGGCUAAAGAACCAGAAACAGGAAACAGAUAACGACAUGCUCCGACAGCUCAAGGACAUAUCUGACUUCAGUCUAUGA